AGGACGUGGUUUGUCAGCCAUCCACCUACACACACCCCACGCAUGGCAGCCAUGAGGCUUUGGCUGCAUUUUGCUUGCGUGGUGCUGUUGACAGUCUGCCGGUGCCGCGCUGUCAGCUUCCCUGAAGAUGACGACCCGAUUAACGUUGUCGACUACCACUAUUCAAGGCAAUAUCCAGUAUUUAGAGGACGCCCUUCAGGCAAUGAAUCCCAACACAGGCUGGACUUUCAACUGAUGUUGAAAAUUCGAGACACACUCUAUAUUGCUGGCAGAGAUCAAGUUUACACUGUAAAUUUGAAUGAAGUUCCAAAGGGAGAAGUUGCUCCAAACAAGAAAUUAACAUGGCGGUCAAAGCAACAGGACAGAGAGAACUGUGCCAUGAAGGGGAAACACAAAGACGAAUGCCACAAUUUUAUUAAAGUCUUCGUCCCCAGGAAUGACGAAAUGGUCUUUGUCUGUGGAACUAAUGCGUUUAACCCCAUGUGCCGUUACUAUCGGUUGAAUACCUUGGAGUAUGACGGCGAAGAAAUUAGUGGCUUGGCACGAUGCCCAUUCGAUGCCAGGCAGACCAACGUUGCCCUCUUUGCCGAUGGCAAGCUGUAUUCUGCGACGGUCGCUGAUUUCCUGGCAAGCGACGCUGUUAUUUACCGGAGCAUGGGGGAUGGGUCAGCUCUAAGAACGAUAAAGUAUGAUUCCAAGUGGAUAAAAGAGCCCCACUUCCUACACGCCAUCGAGUACGGGAACUUUGUUUAUUUCUUCUUUCGAGAGAUUGCCGUGGAGCAUAAUAAUUUAGGCAAGGCUGUUUAUUCCCGUGUGGCCCGCAUAUGCAAAAACGACAUGGGCGGCUCCCAGAGGGUGCUGGAAAAGCAUUGGACCUCCUUCCUGAAGGCGCGUCUCAACUGUUCUGUUCCGGGGGAUUCGUUUUUCUACUUCGACGUGCUGCAGUCGAUCACGGACAUAAUAGAAAUCAGUGGAGUCCCGACCGUGGUCGGCGUCUUCACUACACAGCUUAACAGCAUCCCCGGCUCAGCGGUGUGCGCCUUUAGCAUGGAUGACAUUGAGAAAGUCUUCAAAGGAAGAUACAAAGAACAGAAAACGGCAGACUCCGUUUGGACAGCUGUACCUGAAGAAAAAGUGCCAAGGCCAAGACCUGGCUGCUGUGCAAAACACGGCCUAGCAGAGGCUUACAAAACCUCCAUUGAUUUCCCAGAUGAAACCCUCGCUUUCAUCAAGUCCCACCCUUUGAUGGAUUCCGCCGUCCCGUCUGUCAUCGAGGAGCCUUGGUUCACAAAGACGAGGGUCAGGUAUCGGCUGACUGCGGUCGCUGUGGACCGUUCUGCCGGCCCGUAUCAAAACUACACCGUCAUCUUUGUUGGCUCCGAAGCUGGAAUGGUGCUUAAAAUCUUGACGAAGACCAAACCUUUUUCUCUGAAUGACAGCGUAUUACUGGAAGAGAUAGAUGCUUACAAUCAUGCAAAGUGUAAUGGGGACGGUGAGGACGAUAAGAAGGUCAUCUCCUUGCAGCUGGACAAGGAGCACCAUGCUUUAUUCGUCGCCUUCUCUAGCUGCGUCAUUCGAAUCCCCCUCAGUCGUUGCGAGCGUCAUGGGUCGUGCAAAAAGACUUGCAUUGCUUCUCGAGAUCCAUACUGUGGCUGGCUGAACCAUGGAACCUGUGGAAGAGUGAAAUCAAGCAUGUUGUUGUCUUUGUUUGUUUCAUACAACCAUAGCGUUGGAGGAUAUGAGCAAGAUGUGGAAUACGGCAACACCGUACAACUUGGGGACUGCCAUGAAAUUUUGCCUACUACAACUACACCAGAUUACAAAAUAUUUGGCGAUCCAACAUCUGACAUGGAGUUCUCCUCAGCUUCUAUUACCACAGCUGGAAGUGUCCCAGUUCUCUCACCCAAAGUGAUUGGUUCCUGGAAACCUAAAGUGACUGGCUCUCGGAAAUUUGUAGCUCAAGAUGACCCAAACACUUCUGAUUACUCUGAUCCAUUAUCAGGGUUCCCAAAGGGUGUCAGGUGGGAAGUCCAGUCGGGAGAUUCCAACCAAAUGGUUCACAUGAAUGUCCUGAUUACUUGUGUCUUUGCUGCUUUUCUACUGGGAGCCUUCAUUGCAGGAGUGGCCGUUUACUGUUACCGGGAUAUAUUUGUGAGAAAGUCCAGGAAGAUCCACAAAGAUGCAGAAUCGGCUCAGUCCUGUACUGACUCCAGCGGAAGUUUUGCCAAACUGAACGGUCUCUUUGACAGCCCAGUCAAGGAGUAUCAACAGAAUAUCGAUUCCCCCAAGCUGUAUUCCAAUUUGCUAACAAGCAGAAAAGAGCUGCCACCAACGGCCGACACAAAGUCAAUGAUGAUGGUGGACCACAGAGGCCAGCCACCAGAGCUGGCGGCUCUUCCAACUCCAGAAUCCACACCGGUGCUGCAGCAAAAGACUUUACAGUCCAUGAAAAGCCAGAUGGACAAAGCACAGAACAACCUCAGUGCUUCUCGAAAAGAAACCCCUCUGAAGAGCCCCCAGUUUUUUCCAUCCAGCCCCCCGCCCCAUUCUCCUUUAAGUCAUGGACACAUCCCCAGUGCUAUCGUCCUUCCAAAUGCCACCCACGACUACAACAUGUCCUUCUCAAAUUCGAAUGCGCACAAAGCAGACAAAAAGAUGCAGAAUAUGGACCACCCGCUAACAAAGUCGUCAAGCAAAAGAGACCACAGGAGGUCUGUGGAUUCCAGGAACACCUUGAACGAUUUCCUGAAACAUUUAAACGAAACGCCCAACAACCCCAAAGCCAUUAUGGGAGACCUCCAAGUGGCCCACCAGACUUUAAUGCUGGAUCCAAUGGGAAAUAUGGUGGAGAUUCCGCCCAAAGUUCCUAACAGGGAAGCGUCGUUGUAUUCGCCUCCGUCCACCCUUCCGCGAAACAGUCCAACCAAACGGGUGGACGUUCCUACCACACCCGCGGUACCAAUGACCUCUUUAGAAAGACAAAGGGGCUAUCACAAAAAUUCUUCACAGCGGCAUUCUAUAUCAGCCCUUCCUAAAAACUUAAACUCACCCAAUGGUGUGCUGUUAUCCCGGCAGCCCAGUAUCAACCGGGGAGGCUAUAUGCCUUCUGCGGCAGGGUCAAAGAUGGACUACAUGCAAGGGACGCCAGUGAGCGUUCACCUACAGCCUUCCUUGUCUCGGCAAAGCAGUUACACGAGCAACGGAACGCUUCCUCGGACAGGCAUAAAGAGGACACCUUCCCUAAAACCGGAUGUGCCGCCCAAGCCCUCGUUCGUUCCUCAGACGCCUUCAGUCAGACAACUGAACAAAUACAGCUACUAAGACUUGCAUAUUCGAUCAAGAGCGUGAGGGCGGUGUUGCGGGACGGACAUUAAGUCAGAGACUCGCUUGUCACGAAGAGAAAAAAAAAACGAAGAGAGAGCAA